AUGGCUUACACGGACGACGCCGUCAAGGCGAAACUCUCGGCUCUCAAUGAGACCCAGGAAAGCAUCGUGACCGUCGCGCAAUGGGUGAUGUUCCACAGACGACAUGCAGAGAAGACUGCUCAAAUAUGGCUUGAAAGAAUUCGCGACUCCGCACCCCCGAAACGAUUGAAUCUUGUGUAUCUUGCCAAUGAGGUUGCGCAACAGUCGAAAGUUCGGGGAAAAGAAGAUUUCCUCAUUGCAUUCUCUCCGAUCGUCGCAGAAGCCACGGCGGCGGCAUACAAAGGCGCGUCGAAUGAUAUUCAAAACAAAAUCAGACGGGUCGUUGAAGUUUGGCGACAGCGCCAUGUGUUCGAAGGUCCCAUUUUGGAUGCCGUUGAAGCGCGCAUAAAUGACAUCGAGAAAAACCGUCCGACUACCAAGAAGCAGACCCUAGGCGGUUCCUUCUUCAAAGGCUCCUCCGAUUCUACUCCGUCCGAGCUCCAGCCUCUUGUACCUUUGCAAGUUGCCCUCACAAAGGCAGCAAUGACCUCAAAUAGCUCUGCGACAACCGCCACUACCGAGUAUGAUAAACUGAACGAUCCGAACGCUCCCUCGAUCACCCCUCCAGUGCAUGCUGCGCGUCUCGGCACGCUGUUGAAGGCGCUUGCACAUGCUGAAAAUUCGGUAUCCGCAGUCAUCAAGUCAAGACGAGCCCUGAUCGAAGGGUUGGAGAAACUUCUCGAGAACAACCGUUCUGAGCUCCAGAAAGAAGAGUCUCUUGUUGCAGAAUUCAGUCUUCGCAAGGCUGAGACUGACGCAAAGCGUCGCGAAGUCGAAGAUGCGAUCAUGCGCGGUUAUCAAGACGAGCUUUCAGCUGCGAGGCAGGGCAACAGCAGCGAAGAACCAUCUCGCCCGCAAGUCGAAGCCCUGACUCCACCCCCAGUAGAGGCCCUGACGCCAGUGGGAUCGCCUGCACACCAGGAGCAGCCAGUCGGCCAUGGGCCAUUUACUGAGGAAGCCCCAAUCGACAAUGCCCAAGCGUUUACUCUUCAAUCAAUCGACCAGAAUGAUGGCAGUAUGCCGUUUGACGCUUCCAGUAUUUCUCCCAACGGAGAAAAUGAUUUCGACCUUGGCGCGCAUGGAACGCAUGCCAAGAGACGCAAGGUCGCACAUGAUGAAGACAAUGAGCCGUUUGCCGAAGGCGUGGAGGAUGAUGUUGCCGCAAUGAUUGCACAGGAAGCCAACCGCUGA